CAAGAAAACGGCUUUGGGUUCCUUUAGACGCAAACUUAAGCACACAGAAGAGGAGCUGAUGAAGAAGAAUGUUGAGAGGCGUGAAGCUUUGGACAGGCUCAGUGUCGCUGAACGCAGUUUAGCUGCUCAGAUGAAUAUCCGAGCAGAGCUGGAGAGACAACUGGAGGACCUACGCACAGAACUGGCUCUUGCAAACGCUCAAACUCAUAACGGCAUGGAAAAUAGUGAGGCGUGCUUAAAUCGAUCAUUUGGUUCAGUGAACUCCGUUGAUCGUGUUGUGCAGCUUGAAAACGAAUUGGAUGAGGCACGGAGUCAGAAGGAGGCGGCGGAGAGGCUCCUCCAAGUUCUUCAGCGACAGGUUGCAGCCUUGCCGUCUGAAGGAUUUGGAUCCUCUGCUGCCAUGGGCGCGCUAAAGGCCCAGUUGCGACAGGCCGAAAAAGAGAAGGAGGAAUUGCGUAACCAACUGGCCGCAACGAUCGCGAGGUUGGAAGAUGCACAGGGCUACUGGAGACGCCGUGGCAGCACAAGUUUUGUUGACAAUGAGACAGAAAGCCCCUUAUUAGGAGGAAAGAUUGGGGGAGGGAACGCCGAUAGUCCGUCCGGACGGGAAGAGACGGAUGCAUCUGGCCAGCAGCAUCGCCCAUGUGAGAAACAAGAUGGAGUGUCCCGGGAGAGGACUUUGCUUGGCUCCACCCUGCUGCUUCUUGGGUACCGCAACUUGAUGCUGCAACAGCAACUCACGAUGACGAGUGGCGGUAAAUUCACCGCUUCUGGCGAUGGGGAGAAAGAAAACAACGGUGGGUUUGCAGGGAACACCGGGUCUUUUUUGACACGUCAUCGACACGAGGUGGAGCAGGGCCUCCUAAGGUCUGUCCUGAGCCGUGGCGGCUAA